AUGCAGUCUUUUAACCAAGGGACUGGGUCUCCAGGAUUCCCUACUUGGGUAGGCACGAACUACAGUUAUGCAAGAUAUAAGAAUCCGUCUUCUAUCAGGCUUUAUAAACAAAAUCCACUCAGACCCAAAAAUAUUGUCAAGCUGGAAUCUGAAUACAUAAAGAAUUAUAACCUGACUUUGGGGAGAAGCUCUGUAAAUAAAAGCGUAGACUCCGGUAAACCAACCAGAAAUGUCACCUUUGCUCCUUCCCAGUAUGGAAGAGGAAGAGGGAUUAAGAAUACUGAUUAUGGGAUUGUUCAGAUUGCUAAGAAUGGAGACAUCCCUAGAGAUUGGAAGGCAGGAUCUCAGAUGCGUACUUCCUCUGAUCACAGAAUAAACUAUUUAGAAGAGAAUGCCCCUCUUUUUCCAAAAAUUAGACAGAAACAUCCUCAUGAGCUAUCAGUUGGGAGAAUUAAUGACUAUAGAACUAUCUCUAAUUCUUUAAAUGCCCCAAAUAGAAGAUUAUCUCAUUCAGUUUCUCCUACAAAUUCAAUGAAGGUGAUAAAAUCUCAUAAAGGUCACUUCAGCCACCACCUGAAUUCCCCAAAAUCUUUGGAGAAGAUAAAGUCACCUUUAAAGGCUGCAGACACAAGAGUUAGGAUAGGCCAUGACUCUCAUAAGCCUGAAUUUGCCAAACCAGAUUAUGGGGCCCUAAGAAGCCCUGUACAGUUCAGAAAUAUGAUCGCUGAGCCGAUAGAGGACCAUCAGUAUAAUCCUUACCUCAGAAGCCAUUUUAAAUCGCCUUCUUACUAG